AUGACGGAAAUGAUACUUGCCACCUUAUCAAUCUUCGCUCUGUUUCUGAUACCGCUCGCCAUACAAUAUUUCUUGAACCCUCCUAAGAUUCAUCCUGUCCUCGGCAUACCUGCAGAAUCCGUUUUCUUAACAAGCGCCUUCUUUCUUCUGAAACCUCCCGUUGUCUCAAGUACCAUCUUCGAAUCCCUACCUCAUGUACUCCAAAUCGCAUCAAUGGUCGCUUUUCUCCUCGCUGGAGACGUCUUGUUCAAGGCCCUCUUAUACAUAGGAGUCGACCCACAAUCUGAAACCGAAGUGGCACCGACUAUACUCAAGGUUCUUAUAAUCCAUGGAAGAAUAUUCGGCGGCCACCUCAAGGAACUUAUUUAUCAUGUGCUGGGCUUCCGAUAUCUCUUACUUGAGAGCGCUGUCGGUUUCGGUCGGACGCUGUGUGGAUUAGACAAUGAGCUCGACGACUUGGAAUUAUUGAUACAUAUCAAAAAACCACCAUCGUGCAAGGACGUAUCAGCACCACCCCCAAUUUCGGAUGAAAUUAAGGGCUAG